AUGUUGACAAGACAGCUGGUUGCCUUGCAGAGGGCAGGGCUUGAUGGUCUGAACAUCAGCUUAGACACCCUGCAGUCCCGACGCUACAACCAGAUCACGAGGAGGAAAGGCUGGGAGCGUGUCAUGGCUGGCAUAGAUCUAGCCUUGCAACUUGAAUACGACCCUGUGAAGAUAAAUUGUGUUGUAAUGCGAGGUUUUAAUGAAGAUGAAGUGUGCAGUUUUGUGGAGUUAACAAAAGAGAUAAAUGUUGAUGUAAGAUUUAUCGAGUACAGGCCUUUCAGCGGCAACAAAUGGAAUGAUGGGAAGAUGGUCUCAUUUAGUGAAAUGCUCCAAAUAAUUAGAAAGCAGUGGCCUGAUUUUGAACCUCUUCCCAAUGGGCCCAAUGAUACCUCAAAGGCGUACCAUGUCCCGGGCUUCAAGGGACGUGUGGGAUUUAUUACCUCAAUGAGUGAACACUUAUGUGGCACGUGCAACCGUUUACGGAUAACAGCUGAUGGCAAUUUUGGGAAUUCAGAGAUAUCUCUCAGAGAUGCAAUACGAAGCAAAUGCAGUGAGGAUGACUUGCUUGCCAUGAUUGGAGCAGCAGUGAGAAGAGAGAAGAAACAACAUGCAGGUAAGAUACAUUACAGCAAAUGUAACUCUAUAGAUAGAAAGAAAAUUUCUGCUUAA